ACAGGGACGGCGGCCGCACUUAUGCUCGCGUCCCCUUUGCGGCGCGCGGGGAGGAGCUGCUGCAAGGUGCAGGCCGCCGACGACCGUCUGUUCCUAGGGCGGAGGCGGCUGCGAUUGAUCCCCACCGCUGCGGGAGCGCUGCUGGGCAUUGCCCUAACAAACAUCCAAAGGUAUUGUUUGAACAUGUCACAGGUAAAUUUAAAGACUUUAAAAGAAAACCGGGAAAGCCACCAGGGAAUAAAAAGGAAUUCUGAAAGUCUGAAAAGUCUAGACUCACAGACUACAUCUGAGUCUCACGAGGACACCCCACUUGAAAACUUGCAUCUAGCGUCUCAGGCUGUUCUUGAAAGAGCUCAAAAGCAAGGGAGAUCAAAAUGCCCCAAAUGUAAUAGUUCAAGGAUGUUCUAUUGUUACACUUGCUAUGUUCCAGUUGAAACGGUCCCUACCAAAGAAAUUCCAGUUGUGAAGCUUCCCUUGAAGAUUGACAUCAUUAAACAUCCCAAUGAAACAGAUGGCAAAAGCACAGCUGUACAUGCCAAGCUACUGGCCUCUGAAGAUGUCACAAUCUAUACAUAUCCUUGUAUUCCAGACUAUGAAGAGAUGAAACAUGAAAUUGCACUUAUCUUUCCUGGGCCUAAUUCCGUUUUAAUCAAUGACAUGCCCCGCUCUUGGCAACGCAAACAUAAGGAGGAUGUCUGUGGUGACAAGGAUGAGUCAUCAGCAGAACCAGCCCUCAAGUGUGUGAAAACUGAGUCGGCCAAUGACAGUGCUUUGGGUGAGCCCCAAGUGCACAGCAGGAGCAAAGAUGCCGUGCUGAAGAAAAUCGUAUUUAUUGACAGUACCUGGAAUCAAACGAACAAAAUAAUCACAGAUGAGCGACUCCAAGGAUUGCUGCAAAUUGAACUGAAAUCAAGGAAAACCUGCUUUUGGCGUCAUCAGAAAGGAAAGCCUGAUACUUACCUCUCUACUAUUGAAGCAAUUUAUUAUUUUUUAGUAGACUAUCACAAGGCAUUCUUAGAAGAAAAAUAUGAAGGACAAUAUGACAAUCUGCUUUUCUUCUUUUCAUUUAUGUACAGAUUGAUAAAAAAUGCCAAAUGUUCUAUAGGAAAAGAUUAAGACAUCUUUCAUCUCAAUCACAAAAAUUUCUACCACUCAAAUAUUAAUGAUGGUCCAUUGAACUCUGUGUUUUAAAGCUUGUUACUAAAGUUUUGAGCAACACAAUUGUACAGUUGCCUAGAAUAUUUGAAAGAAUAGUAAAAGUUUCUGUCCCUUGAACAUAGGCCUGAAUUCAGACAAAUUCUGAUAUGACUUCAAUGAACUGUUUUGGAAGUGUUGCCUGAAACAAAAAUGUGCCUUUGCUUCUAAAUAGAAAUGUUUUCCAAUUGUAAUUAUAGUCAAAAUGCCAACAUGGAAUCUCUUAAACAUAAUAAAACUUAGUUCGCUGCAUAGGAAUGUGAUUUUGAUAAUCAAAUAUGACUUUACCCUGGUGAUGUCACUGCUUACUAAAAAUGAUUAGAACAGUAUUUCGGUGGAAAAAAAUAUCUAGGCUAAUGUAUUUAGUACAAUGCCAAUGGUUAAUAUGGCUAGGUCUAAAGCUGUAAAAUUGCUUAAGGAAUAAUUAAAUAGUGUUCUUAUAAUGUUGGUUUCUGUACCCAUUUUGGUUUGAUAAUUUGGAUAUUGCUGAACAAAAGUAUGCUUCUGAAUUCUGAAAUAAUGCUACUUUUUGCAAGAUAAAAGUCAGGUUUAAAUAUACAGAAAUAUUUGUGUAUCUUGUACCUAUUCUUUUGGCACAGCUGGACCUGUUAAAUGAAGGGAAUUACAUACUCUGUAUAGUUUGUAGAGCCCCCAUUAUUAUUGGGGAAGGAAUGUAAUUUUUGACAUCUGUGACCAAUACCCUAAAAUUGCAAUGCACUUUGUUGUUUGUAUCAAUGCAUCUGUGCUUAUUUUCAAACUUCUGUAUAUCAAGAGAUCAUGUAAAUUUGGGAUACACACCAUUUCAUAUAGGGGAAGGUGGGGCUAUUCUUCGCAAUCUAAUAAUGAACAUUUCUUUGAAGAUACGCCAAAUUCACAAUUGCCAAAGGACCACCUGUGCUUUUCUUUGAAUCUUUGGAAGAACUUAUUUAAUAUCAGUACCUGCUGUAGUUAUAAGACACACACUCUGAUUAUAUUAACAGGCAUUAACUCUGGUAGAUGCUCUCACCUUAGCUAGAAGAGCAGUUAGAGUCCUAGCCUUAGAAACAUGCUGUAAGGGCCACACCUUUCCACUGCUUUUGCAGUGCACCAGCUUUGGCUUCAAGAGCAAAAGACCAUUCCCAGAGCUGGCAUCUAGUAAGUGUUCCAGGGGGAGAGGAUUGGGGAGAAAGGAGGCACUGCCAGGAUCCAUUGGGGCACAGCCUGUUCUUGCAAGACAGGACACUGUCUAUGUCUUUUGCAGGGCUGAAGAAGCUUGGAAGCAACUUCCCCUCAGCACUCCUUCCACUCUUGAUAGGAUGCCCAUAAACCAGUUUGGAGAGUGAGGACCAGCCACGUCGGAUGGCACUGUUACACAUUUAAUUUCUUACUGAGAAUUUGAUAGAACUAUUUGAGGCUAUAUACCGGAUGCUUAGCUGCUUGCUGUGCUACAGGAGUCACUUGUUCUAAUAAGGCUUGCAUUAAGCUUCAUGCCAACAUCUUUAAAACGGAUGCAUUUCUGUUUUACCAACUUUUGAUAAACCAGUUCCUAUUGAAACUUGCAGGACUACGUCAGCUGCUAAGGACAGCCUUGUUAUCUAUUUGGUAUUCUAUUGGCAAGAGGAUCCAGCUGGAUGGCUUUGGGAAGGCACCAGCUCUCCCAUUUUUGCCUUCAACACCAGGUGCUUUUCUCUACAUGGAGAUUCCAUUUAGCUGUCUUCACUUAUAGCUGUCAAUAUCUUCCCUGACCUCUAAUCUAUGUUUUAAAACAUCUAAGCUGCUGCCACUCUUCACAGUAGGAUCUGGCAGUGAAUUCUUUAAGUUAAUUAUGCAUUGUGUAAAGCAGAGUCUUCCUUCUUUCUCUCUUUCUCUAUCUUAUGUCUACACUCAGUCAUUUUUGCCUGAAUAUCAUGUAGUACAAGAAGGAGAAGAACAUACAUAAAUGAAUCCUUAUGCAUUUUGUACAUUUUAUGAUCUGAACAUGUGCAGAGCUGACCAGUUGGUCCUUUUUAGCACAUUCAUCUAAUUGAAAUGCAACACAACACAGAGUUCAGAAGUUCAAGGCAGAGUAACCCUGAAUUUUUCCAACUUGUAAAUCAUAGUUGUAAUACUGUGAAAUGUAGUGCCAAUAAAGGCUCGCUGGAUUGUG